AUGGGUGCUUCCUCUGACUCGCCGUCUGCAUUGUGGAUUGCGGGUGCAAUGAUAUAUAGCUGGAGGGAGGAAUAUGGAUUGAAUAUCAUUGCCCGAGGAAAAGAAGCGUUUGGUGCGGGAUGUAUCUUUGUAGAUAAGAGCUGA